GCACGCGCACGAGAGGGGAAGAGGGAGGGGGAAACCAGCAGCACAAGACAGCGCGGUAGGGUCUGGGGACCAGCUGGCGGGAGGACUCGGCAACUCCCUCAACUAGAGGCACUGCGGAGUGUGGGCGCAGAGAAGAGCGACUCAGACCCUGCGGACCGUGCGGAGGUCGGCGGCCGGACAGGGAUAAAAAGUGGUGGAAAUCGCGUGGCUUCCUACACUGCAAGCCAUGGCCCUGCCGUUCCGGAAGGACUUAGGGGAGUAUAAGGACCUGGAUGAGGAUGAGCUCCUCGGCAACCUGUCAGAAACAGAGCUGAAACAGCUCGAAACUGUCCUGGAUGAUCUGGACCCUGAGAAUGCCCUUCUGCCUGCAGGCUUCCGCCAGAAGAACCAGACAUCCAAGUCUGCCACGGGACCCUUUGAUAGAGAGCGUCUCCUUUCUUACCUAGAGAAGGAAGCAUUGGAGCACAAAGACCGGGAAGACUACGUGCCCUACACUGGAGAGAAAAAAGGGAAAAUUUUUAUCCCCAAACAGAAGCCAGUGCAGACUUUUACAGAAGAAACUAUAUCCCUUGAUCCAGAAUUAGAAGAAGCUUUGACGAGUGCAUCUGACACAGAACUGUGUGAUCUUGCAGCUAUUCUCGGGAUGCACAACCUGAUAACAAACACCCAGCUCUGCAGUGUGAUGGGAAGUAGUAAUGGUGUGGACCAAGAGCAUUUCUCAAAUGUGGUAAAAGGUGAAAAGAUUCUCCCAGUGUUUGAUGAGCCACCGAAUCCAACCAACGUUGAAGAGACUUUAAAGAGAAUUAAGGAAAAUGAUGCCCGUCUUGUUGAAGUUAAUUUGAAUAAUAUAAAAAAUAUCCCAAUUCCAACUCUAAAAGAUUUUGCGAAGACUUUGGAAACUAACACACACGUGAAACAUUUCAGUCUUGCAGCCACCAGGAGCAAUGACCCCGUUGCUGUUGCUUUUGCAGAUAUGCUGAGAGUAAACAAAACUUUGAAGAGUUUAAAUAUGGAGUCCAACUUCAUCACAGGCAAUGGAGUUUUAGCACUAAUUGAUGCUUUGAGAGAUAAUGAGACCCUGACAGAGCUCAAGAUUGACAAUCAGAGACAGCAGUUGGGCACCGCAGUAGAACUAGAAAUGGCCAAGAUGCUUGAGGAAAAUACGAAUAUCCUUAAAUUUGGGUAUCAGUUCACACAGCAGGGACCCCGAACCAGGGCAGCCAAUGCUAUAACGAAAAACAAUGAUUUAGUGCGCAAGAGGCGGAUUGAAGGAGACCACCAGUGAGCACGCCGAGUGUGGCCCACAGGAGACUGCCAAUCGCCAAAGGCUCGUGUUGGUGGCCGCAGACGUAAAAACUUCCUGGGUAGAAGGGAAAAGACUGGAAAUCUUUUUUUAACUAUAUGCAUUACUUUCCUAGCUUAAGAUACUAUGUUUGAUUUGUAAAAUCAGUAAAAGAUAAUAUUUUGUAUUUGUAGCAUUUCUACUGAAAUCAGUAUAAUUUAGUUUAAUUGAAUGAUUGAUAAUGAUUUUUAGAUAAAAACACAGUUGUAGGAAGUUUCAGAAGUCAUGUUAAGAAUAACCUGAACCUCUUGAGGACCAAUCUUUUUUAAAUCAAAAGGGAUGUUGCUGACUCAGUGCUAAUGCUGCCUCUUGUACAGAAAGGGUAAGGCGCAUGGCAGUUUCCUUUUUAAAAAUCCAUGAAUUUGGCAAGAGUUUGCUUUUUUCCUUGUUAGGGAAAUAAAAGGUGAGAAUUUUAAAGAUGGCUCAGAAUGCGAUAUAUCUACAUAAGCCAAAGCCGACCUCCAGGAGGCAGACUGGGCCUCUGCAUUGCAGGGGUCUGCACUUGUGUCAUGAGCCUCAGCUGCCCUGGGAUUGGUUGGUUGGUUGGUUGGUUGGCUUUUAAUAGUCCUUAGCUCUGCCCCACUGCACACCUUGUUAAAGUAUGACUAUAUGUAAGGUUAGUACAGCAUUUCUCCGUGCUGUGGGCAUUCAAUGUUUGUAAAAGCUAAUGGCUGAAAGCACCAGAGUGGAGAGAUUAUUUUCUCCCCAUAAAAGGCUCUUGGCCACUGCACAGUUAAAAGAAUAAAAGGAAGAAAACAGAAAGGUGCUGUUAGAUACAGGGCAGAGUUCAAGCCUGAGAAGCUCACAAAAUGGCCAGCAAACUGAUGAGCACUGUCAGUCAGAAACUAAAGCAUGAGCUAGCAAUGGUGGCUCAUCCUAUAGCCCUAGGACUUGGGAAGCUGAGAAAGGAUACUGCCAGAUGUUCAAAGCCAGCCUGAACUACAUAGGAAGUUCCAGGUUAGCCUGGACUGGUUCUGCAGAUGCAAGAACCUGUGUCGAGAGAAGAACAAACGUGUGCCAUGUGGUAAGAAGCUGCCUCCAUGAUUCCGUGGGUGCAGUGCAGCAUCACAUGAGCAGAGUUAAUCCCGCUGCAGCUUUCCAGCCAAUCACAAAAACUGCUGUUCCUGAGAAAUCCAAUCUCAGUAGAUCUUGUACUUUUAAACUCCACAUGGUAAAAACAAUUCCUCUACCCUAGGUUAUCUUUAUCACCCAGGCAGUCGAGGGGGACUUCAGCCGUGUACAGGGCGGUGGGGUUCGGUGAGGCUGCACGCUGGCGCGCUGCCCCAGGGCAGCCCCUCCAGGAGCAGCAGACAUGCACAGCCACAGAGGAGGGUGCUCCAGUGACACGUCAGCAAGCUGACGUUCGCUUAUGCCAUUCCAGGUCUGGCCUGUAGUGUACUGUGUACCUGAAGAAUGCGCUUCUUUAGAAGCGCCCUAAGUGUGAACUCGGCCAGUUGAGCAGCUGUGUGCUAAGAAUUGUAAUGGGGAACAGUGUUUACCUUGAUCUUUAAAAGUCUGGCACCUCUUGAACUUUUAAUAACUUUCAGUAUUUUUUAAUUCCUCUGAGAUUUUUAUGACAUGGUAAUAAAUUAGGAUUUCACAACAGUUUUAAUUUUAAGCCAGAGAUUUUCUAAACCCUCGAGUUUUAUGUCACAGUAAAUGGUUGUCUAAGAGAACACUCUUUACAUUUUUAAAUUGCUCUUUGAGAAAGUCUUGAAUUGCCCGUUUUAUAGAACUGUAUCCCCAUUUGUCUCCAGUUGUAGUUUCCAGUAUGUCUGCGUGCAGUUGUGUACAUCAGCCUCACUGUUAGUGGGUGGUAUUAAGACCUUGAAAAUAGAUUUUGGUGCUAUAUACUUAUUAUAGCUAAAAGCCUACUAAAAGUUUGAAGAGUAAAUAAAAUACAAUUCUAAGGGUGCCUGUCAUUUCAAAGACCAAAUAAACAUUUUGUGCUAAACAUA